AUGGUUCCUCCAAUGCUAGUGAUGAUGAUGAUGCUGGUGUUGAUGAUGAUGACUUUGGUGGUGGUGGAUGGAUUUGCUCCUUCUUGUGUGACUUCAGUGGUUGGAAUGAGAACUGCUUCUUGCUCUGCUUCUUCUUCUAGUCAAUUGCUGGCCAUGGUCUCGAACAGUACCGGCACGAGCAGUAUGAGUACCAGUAAUAAUAAUAAUCAAGUGCAAGUGGACUUUGGUCAAUGGGCCAGUUUCGAACCAGCGUGCAAAGAGAAUACGUCGCUGCAAGCUUCUUUGAAAGCAAGACAAGACGAAUUGAAGAGAGGCAUUGGCCGUCGCUACGUCAUUUUGGCAUCGGAGCUUCAUGUUCAUUCCUCCAUUUCCGGAGGUCCGCAGCAAACCGACAAUGUCGUGGCCACUCUGAAACGAGGCGAUAUUGUCACCUCGCAAGAUCGCAUUGGAAAAUACUGGGUCAAACACGAUGCGGGGGGUUGGAGUUAUACAUGGAAGGAAGGAAACUACGUGUUGCAACUCAUUCAAGAAUAG